AUAACCAAUAAUUGAGUUCUUUACCCUCACUGAAAAUUGCUUUAUUUUCCUCAAAUUGCAUAAUUUAAAAAUGCUUUUGACAACAGUUCAUUUGAACAUGUGCACAUUUUAAAUACUUUAUUUUAUUUAAGUGUGAUUUAGCUUAAUUGUUAAUUUUUAAUUCAUCUACUGUAGACUACAACAAUGGCCAAAUUUCUGGUACACUCUUCAAUUUUUGGUUGUGUCAGUAUUGUGAGUUAUUUCAUCGGGUGCAAUAUCGAAAGAAAAAAUAUAUUAAACCAUUUCAAAUCCCAAAACAUUGAUUUGAAUGUUUUGAGCAAGGUAUGUACAUACAUAAAAAUUGGUCGCGGUUGGUAGUCCAGAAAAUCGCGAAUCUGUGUAACUGAGGACUGGAUAAAUGAGAUUAGUUGGUCAUCCUAUACACUGAACACUUGAAGAAUAUAAAAAUUGUAUUUGUAAUUCAACAGAUACAAGAAAGGCCUGGUUUACCGAUAUUUGGCACUGUUUCAGCAGCAACUCCUUUUAGUGAUAAUAGUCAUCCAAGUAGAAUAUCUCAGAUAAUGAAAUAUGGCUUUCCUGGUUUAGAUAAUGUACGGUCUUUUGAUGAUUAUGUUUUAUCUUAUGAUAGAAGAAAUAAAGUUGCUCAUUGGGUUUUUGAGCACUUGACAAAAGAAACAGUUAAGCAAAAUGAUGAAGUUGAUAGAUCUAAGUGUGAAUUUACAGAAGACAAGAGUAUCCACCCAUAUUUUAGAUCAGCAAACACUGACUACAAAGGUUCUGGUUAUGACAGAGGACAUUUGGCUGCUGCAGGUAACCACAAGUAUGAUCAAAAACACAUAGAACAGACAUUUUUUUUGAGCAAUAUAGCACCUCAGGUUGGGAAUGGAUUUAAUCGUCACUCUUGGAAUCGAUUAGAGCGUUAUGUGAGAAAACUGACAAACCGUUAUCCUAAUGUAUAUUGUUGUACCGGGCCACUAUAUCUUCCAAAAAAAGAAGCUGAUGGAAAAACCUAUAUUAAAUAUGAAGUUAUAGGUGCAAAUUCUGUUGCUGUACCUACACAUUUUUACAAAGUUGUAGUUUGUGAGACAGCUGAUAGUAAUUUUGAAAUGGAGGCAUAUGUUAUGCCUAAUGCCGCAAUAGAUGACAAUGUACCGUUAGAAUCAUUUCAGGUGCCUCCAGAGUCCAUUGAAAAAGCUGCCGGUUUGUUGUUUUUUGAUAAAGUUUCUCAUAACAGACUAGUCAGAAUAAACCAUAAAAAAUUAAGAUAACAUUUUUCAAUUAAUCAAUAGUGCG